GUCAGACGCAAAGGCACAGACAUCCAGACGCAGCUGCAGUCGUCUUGCCUCGCUGCAGCCUGCUGAGCUUGCUGAGCCUGCCGAGCAGCCGCACUGAAGACCUCAGGACCCUUGCCAGCACUGGAGAUCUGAGAUCGUCAGGUGUGCCUUUCCCACUCUCUGCUCCAGCCUGGCCUGCUGCCCCAGCCCCUGACAUCCCAUCACGCCGAUUCUCUGGCUGCUUGGCACCUGUGUUUAUUUACUUUCUUACUAUCCACACUUGAUUGGAAGGAAGAAAGGGAAAGUUUUUAAAAAAUGCCCAUCGCACAGUUGCUGGAACUAUGGAAGAAGAUCGAGGUGGAACCCAUGGAGACAGAGACCGCCGAAGAGGAACUCGCCUUGGAUGUUGAGCCCACCCCAGAAGAUACCACAGAAGAAGGCAAAGGAGACACAACCUCCUCAGCUGAGACGCAGCCAGCCUCCUCAUCGUCCGCAGAGCCCUGCUCCAGCACUUGUUCCCAACCUGACCAGGAAUCCCUCUUGUCCUGGACUCCGCUUCCCCGUUCCAGCCUGGCGUGCAGCUGUGCUCCUCCGUGGGGAAACAUGGACUGCGGCCCCCACCUGGAACCACCCUGCCCUGUUCUCCCCGAGCCGCUGUAUCUGCAUAACUAGAGAGGAGGCAGAACUCAGCACCACACUCUUCCCCACCCCAGCCAAAAAUCCAUGAAAAAAAAUCCUUAUGUUUCAAUCAAACUUGGUCAUUGCAGAUUGAAAUAAUUAAAAUAAACUUGAUCACGAAGGC